AUGCGGACACAUUCAAUACUAAGAGCAGCUCUCGACAUACGAUGGACACCAUCGUCACAAUUUCCGCCAACCUUCCUCCUACCAUGGCGAGCACAGCUCCAUCAAUCCGCCCACUCCACCCAAUUCCAGCCUGAAAUCCCACCUCAGCCAUCCCAACAACCCCUCCAAUCCUCCCUCCCCUCCCCGAUCCCCUCUACCAGGCCCGCACCCGCAUCACCCUCCAAGUCACCGCCCAGCAGCACGGGCAAACCGCUCGUCCUCUCCAAAUCGCUGCAACAACUCCUCCCGCACCUAACCGCGCAAAAACCGCACUACAUAACCGCGCACAUCCACCGGUUCCCCUACCUCCUCACGCAAGGCGACACGCUCCGCCUCCCCUUCCACAUGCACGGCGUCUCGCCCGGCGACGUGCUCCGCCUGAACCGCGCCUCCUUGCUCGGCUCGCGCGACUACACCCUCAAGGCCGGCACCACCUCCACCGAGAACUACGACGGCAAGCGCACCGGCGAGCCGAAUUAUCUGGACGAGAGGCUGUUCGAGUGUCGCGCCAGGGUGAUGGCGGUCGAUAGCGGGCCGAUGGUGGAGAAGAUCAAGACUAAGAGGAGGCAGAGGAAGGAGAAACAUGUCAGGAGUAAGCAUCGGUAUACGGUGUUGAGGGUGAUGGAGGUGAAGGUUAAGGGGUUGGAGGAGUUGGAGAGGGGAGCAGAGCAGUUGAUAUUGCAGUGA